GUACCUUAGAGUUCCAUUAUUUAGAUACUAAAUAAACUAUCCAUUACACAUUUACUUUAUAAUUCAGUAGAUAAGACUGAAGAAAAUAAGCCUGGCUAUGGAAAUGCUUAUUUGUUUGGGAGGAUGUUUGUCUGGAUCAAUGAUGAGCACAAUUGUCUGAGGAUGCUGAGGGACUCAUUCCAGAUGUCAAUCUGAGGUCCAGAUGAGUGGCCCUCUAAUAGGACAAAUAAGACUCUCAGAGCCUGGCUGUAUUUGAUGAUCCUAAGUGACAACACAAUACCACUACGGGGUGGAAUGAAGUCCUCCACUUCUAAGAAGAGCAGUGCAGUGGACAUGUCAGGCUUGCCAUCGGCCAAGAGAAGAAGGCCUUCCUGGCCCCCGAGUGCCUGUGGUUGGCGGGACCACCAGAAGAGUGUGCCCCACUAUGGGCACCUUGCCGACAGGAGUGACCAGACGGUGCAUUGGACAGGCCACGCUCGCCGUCGGUCGAGAGAAGGCCUCCCUGGCCCCCAAGUGCCUGUGAUUGGUGGGACCGCUGGAAAAGGUGUGCCCUGCUAUGGGAAUCUUACCGACAGGAGCACCCAGACGGUGCAGUGGACAUACCAGGCUCGCCAUUGGUGGAGAGAAGAAGGCCUCCCUGGUCUCCGAGUACCUGUGGUUGGCGGGACUGCUGGAAGAGGUGUUGCCUGCGACGGGCACCUUGCUGACUGGAGCAAGAAGAUGGUGCGGUGGCCACGCCAGGCUCGCGGUCGGCCGAGAGAAGAAGGCCUCCCCGGCCCCCGAGUGCCUGUGGUUUGCGGUACGGCCGGAAGAAGCGUGGCCCGGAACGGGCACCUUGCUGACGGGAGCGUCCGGACGCAUUCCUUGGAAAAGCUGAACAAAAUGAGUGAGAACUCCCCCCCGUCGUUCUCAUCGAAACUGAGGUCCAGCACGUUGUCCGCCCCAGGGAAGGUGCGGUGGCCACGCCAGGCUCGCGGUCGGCCGAGAGAAGAAGGCCUCCCCGGCCCCCGAGUGCCUGUGGUUUGCGGUACGGCCGGAAGAAGCGUGGCCCGGAACGGGCACCUUGCUGACGGGAGCGUCCGGACGCAUUCCUUGGAAAAGCUGAACAAAAUGAGUGAGAACUCCCCCCCGUCGUUCUCAUCGAAACUGAGGUCCAGCACGUUGUCCGCCCCAGGGAAGGUGCGGUGGCCACGCCAGGCUCGCGGUCGGCCGAGAGAAGAAGGCCUCCCCGGCCCCCGAGUGCCUGUGGUUUGCGGUACGGCCGGAAGAAGCGUGGCCCGGAACGGGCACCUUGCUGACGGGAGCGUCCGGACGCAUUCCUUGGAAAAGCUGAACAAAAUGAGUGAGAACUCCCCCCCGUCGUUCUCAUCGAAACUGAGGUCCAGCACGUUGUCCGCCCCAGGGAAGGUGCGGUGGCCACGCCAGGCUCGCGGUCGGCCGAGAGAAGAAGGCCUCCCCGGCCCCCGAGUGCCUGUGGUUUGCGGUACGGCCGGAAGAAGCGUGGCCCGGAACGGGCACCUUGCUGACGGGAGCGUCCGGACGCAUUCCUUGGAAAAGCUGAACAAAAUGAGUGAGAACUCCCCCCCGUCGUUCUCAUCGAAACUGAGGUCCAGCACGUUGUCCGCCCCAGGGAAGGUGCGGUGGCCACGCCAGGCUCGCGGUCGGCCGAGAGAAGAAGGCCUCCCCGGCCCCCGAGUGCCUGUGGUUUGCGGUACGGCCGGAAGAAGCGUGGCCCGGAACGGGCACCUUGCUGACGGGAGCGUCCGGACGCAUUCCUUGGAAAAGCUGAACAAAAUGAGUGAGAACUCCCCCCCGUCGUUCUCAUCGAAACUGAGGUCCAGCACGUUGUCCGCCCCAGGGAAGGUGCGGUGGCCACGCCAGGCUCGCGGUCGGCCGAGAGAAGAAGGCCUCCCCGGCCCCCGAGUGCCUGUGGUUUGCGGUACGGCCGGAAGAAGCGUGGCCCGGAACGGGCACCUUGCUGACGGGAGCGUCCGGACGCAUUCCUUGGAAAAGCUGAACAAAAUGAGUGAGAACUCCCCCCCGUCGUUCUCAUCGAAACUGAGGUCCAGCACGUUGUCCGCCCCAGGGAAGGUGCGGUGGCCACGCCAGGCUCGCGGUCGGCCGAGAGAAGAAGGCCUCCCCGGCCCCCGAGUGCCUGUGGUUUGCGGUACGGCCGGAAGAAGCGUGGCCCGGAACGGGCACCUUGCUGACGGGAGCGUCCGGACGCAUUCCUUGGAAAAGCUGAACAAAAUGAGUGAGAACUCCCCCCCGUCGUUCUCAUCGAAACUGAGGUCCAGCACGUUGUCCGCCCCAGGGAAGGUGCGGUGGCCACGCCAGGCUCGCGGUCGGCCGAGAGAAGAAGGCCUCCCCGGCCCCCGAGUGCCUGUGGUUUGCGGUACGGCCGGAAGAAGCGUGGCCCGGAACGGGCACCUUGCUGACGGGAGCGUCCGGACGCAUUCCUUGGAAAAGCUGAACAAAAUGAGUGAGAACUCCCCCCCGUCGUUCUCAUCGAAACUGAGGUCCAGCACGUUGUCCGCCCCAGGGAAGGUGCGGUGGCCACGCCAGGCUCGCGGUCGGCCGAGAGAAGAAGGCCUCCCCGGCCCCCGAGUGCCUGUGGUUUGCGGUACGGCCGGAAGAAGCGUGGCCCGGAACGGGCACCUUGCUGACGGGAGCGUCCGGACGCAUUCCUUGGAAAAGCUGAACAAAAUGAGUGAGAACUCCCCCCCGUCGUUCUCAUCGAAACUGAGGUCCAGCACGUUGUCCGCCCCAGGGAAGGUGCGGUGGCCACGCCAGGCUCGCGGUCGGCCGAGAGAAGAAGGCCUCCCCGGCCCCCGAGUGCCUGUGGUUUGCGGUACGGCCGGAAGAAGCGUGGCCCGGAACGGGCACCUUGCUGACGGGAGCGUCCGGACGCAUUCCUUGGAAAAGCUGAACAAAAUGAGUGAGAACUCCCCCCCGUCGUUCUCAUCGAAACUGAGGUCCAGCACGUUGUCCGCCCCAGGGAAGGUGCGGUGGCCACGCCAGGCUCGCGGUCGGCCGAGAGAAGAAGGCCUCCCCGGCCCCCGAGUGCCUGUGGUUUGCGGUACGGCCGGAAGAAGCGUGGCCCGGAACGGGCACCUUGCUGACGGGAGCGUCCGGACGCAUUCCUUGGAAAAGCUGAACAAAAUGAGUGAGAACUCCCCCCCGUCGUUCUCAUCGAAACUGAGGUCCAGCACGUUGUCCGCCCCAGGGAAGGUGCGGUGGCCACGCCAGGCUCGCGGUCGGCCGAGAGAAGAAGGCCUCCCCGGCCCCCGAGUGCCUGUGGUUUGCGGUACGGCCGGAAGAAGCGUGGCCCGGAACGGGCACCUUGCUGACGGGAGCGUCCGGACGCAUUCCUUGGAAAAGCUGAACAAAAUGAGUGAGAACUCCCCCCCGUCGUUCUCAUCGAAACUGAGGUCCAGCACGUUGUCCGCCCCAGGGAAGGUGCGGUGGCCACGCCAGGCUCGCGGUCGGCCGAGAGAAGAAGGCCUCCCCGGCCCCCGAGUGCCUGUGGUUUGCGGUACGGCCGGAAGAAGCGUGGCCCGGAACGGGCACCUUGCUGACGGGAGCGUCCGGACGCAUUCCUUGGAAAAGCUGAACAAAAUGAGUGAGAACUCCCCCCCGUCGUUCUCAUCGAAACUGAGGUCCAGCACGUUGUCCGCCCCAGGGAAGGUUAAUGUGAACCAAAACCUUGGUUUCAUAUGAAUAAAAAGUAUCUCCUUCCUCUUGAGAUGUGACAAGGAACAAAGUAUUGGGAAUAAUUCUACCAUCUCAUCCUCAAGAACCAGUAAGAAUCCUACCACCAGAAUAACAUGACAACUCUUUGAGUGCCUGGCUGGCAGCAUCCAUAUAUUCAUAGUAACCAGACCCUGGAGAACCAGAAUGUGAGGAGAGAGACCAGUGGUUAUGCCUACCCUUGAUCCAUUCACACAUUUUUCUUACAUGCCAAAAUCUUCAGAGUGAGGAGAAGUUGAUUGAGAUCAACUAGAUUUAGAGGUGAUAGUGGAAUUGGAUGGAAUUCCUAUUACUGCUCCAAUGAACUACUGAUUUUGUUACUUGUUACCAGCUCACUUCUAUGGGAAUAAUCAGAAUAGUGCACUCCAGAGACAUGAAAUGAAAGAAAGUGUUAGGAAAAAUUCUGCCUCCCAUCCUCAAGCGUCAGUGGGAAUUUUCUUGCUGAUGGUCUUGUGAAAAUUGAUAAGCUAGAAACAAUUUUCUUUUGCCAAUGGAACUGUGGGAGCUUCUCUUGGACUUCAUGAGAUGGUAAUGAUGGGGCCUAAAAGGGAAGAGAAAUUGUCUAUGCCUUUGCCUUUCUUGAAUUCUAUCUCCAGAGAGUAAGAUAACAACUUAAUUUUAAGUCAGUGAUUCUCCAUUCCUACCUGUGGUCUUUUGGACACCCUUGCAGAAGAUCACUUCUUGGGAAUUCAUUUGAAGUGAAUGAUACCAGUAAAUCCUUGAAACAAGACUCUUCAGACAAAGGGGCUGUUGUCCAAAUGCUACCCUCUGAAGGUGAUGACCACAAAUGUGAGGUGGAUUUAUUACUGAGGGUACCAUUACUUCUACUACAAGCUUCACCAAAACAAUGAUACAGUCUUCUUUAUGCUUGGAGACUCGUCUCUUUCCUGUGUUGCAGUGGACACCUCCUGCAGAUAAGAAAUGCUUAACUGAGAAAUGCUCAUGUUGGGAUAUCAUCGAUGAGACUUUAAUUUGGGCAUGGUGACUGUUUCCCUUGCUGCCACUUGACUCAAUCCCAGGAGCCUCAGUAGAGGAAAUAUUAUUGCACAAGAAUCUCAAAAUGAUGGAAUUGCUCAGUGCUCCCAUAAAUAUACAUUUAUAAUUUCCAUUUGCCAUAUGGUAAAAUUUUAAUAUUGGAUAUAUUGAAAAGAAACUACACAAUUUUUUUUCAAAACUUCAAAGUGUAUCUAAAUAUCUAAUAUAUAAAUUAAGUUCCCUCCUCCCUCCCAAUUUUACCCCCCCCCCAAAGUUUUCUUCUAUUAAGGGAGUUGUGUGCAUUCUUUAAGUGGAUAGAUGCACACAUACAGUCACACAGACAUAUACACACAAACUAUUUUGAGGGGUUCUGGAAGUAGGGCCAUAUUGUACACAUUCUUCUGCAAAUUGUCUUUCAUUUAACAGUUUUAAUACCCUUUUCUAUUUCAGUAAUACACACCUGUGUCAUUUGUUGAAUGACUGCACGACUGUUUUGUAGGUGAAAUAUAAUUAAAUGUUAUAAGCAUUUCUCAUUCAUAGAUAUUUAUGUUAGCACCAAAUUUCUGUGCAAUGAAACUCCCUAUCAAUAUUUCUGCACUUGUCUAUUAUAUCAUAAUAAAUUACUUAGCAGUUCAAAUACUGGGAUUAAGGAUAUGCACAUUUCAAAUUAUUACAAGAUUUCCUUAAAAUGUGGUGACAACUUUAUCCUCAAAUGGCAAUGAAUGAGAUUGCCAGCUUUCCCCACAACUUCACAGAUAAUGGAUUUUAUAAAUAUUUAAUUUUUUUGCCAAUGUGAUAGCCCAAACUAUUGUCUUAAACUGUAUUUCUUUUGUUUUUGAGUUUGAUCAUUUUUUCAUGUUUAUUAGCCAUCUGUAUUCUUUAAUUUCCUCUUUAUGUCCAAUUUUGGGGGUGGGGGUUUAGAUUUCUGGUUUUGAAGAGCUCAUUUAUUACUGGGAGAAUAAGCUUUGGAUUGUGAAGCAUUAUAGAUAUUUUUAUGCACUUUUAUACUUCAUUUUUGUUGUAAGAAUGUGUAUGAUUGUUAUAUGUCCAAGUAUAACCAUGUUUGCUUUUAUGGCUUCUGAGUUUCAUGUCAUUUUGGAAAAAAUAUUUAUACUGAUUUCAUAAAACCGUUCACCUAUGUUAA